AUGAUAGCAGACCGUUGUCCUAAUAAGACAAUAGCCCAAUCAUUUGAAUGUUUAUUAAAUACAAAGAUGAAAAACUCAAAGCCAAUUGAUUCACAAUUUAUACGAAAUAGUAUUGAAAUGUAUAGUAAUGAUCCUUCUUCAGUUGGACGGAUUUUAGAGUCAAUAAAGGAGCUUAAUCUACUUCCAGUUGUUUUGGACUCUUUUCCUCUAUUUUUAACAUUAGAUUUAGUUUAUUUGGCAGAUUAUCAAAAGUUGAUGAAUUUGGAAUCUUGGCUUCAGGAAAAACUAAAAAAUCAGCAGCAAAAAGAUAUUUUUGCAAAACAAUGUCUGGAUUAUCUUAAUCAUAAAAUAUCUGUAGAAAAACAACGUCAGGAUAGUAGCAAAAAUUUACCUAUUGCUUUAUCUGUUGAAGCUAUCAGUGUUUUCCUUAAAACUUUAUCUACCAGUCAAAUUUCACCUUCAUUACUUGAUAUGACAAAGGAAGUUCAAAAUCAUUGCUUGAAGACCUUUCCGAAACUAUUAAAUGUUGGAACUCAAUCUGUAUCUGGAACAGAAGUAUCUUUUAAACCUGAAAUUGAGGAGGAGGCAAAUCUUUAUUACGAGCGAAUUUAUAACGGAGAGCUUUCAUUAGAUGCCAUGAUUGAGUUAUUGAAAAAACUCAGCAUCUCAAAGGAUCCUCGAGAACAAGACGUCUUUGCAUGUAUGAUUCAUAAUCUUUUUGAUGAAUACACAUUCUUUCCUAAAUAUCCUGAUAAAGAACUUUCAAUUACGAGCAUUUUAUUUGGAUCAUUAAUUCAGCAUCGCCUUGUGUCUUAUGUUCCACUUGGAAUAGCACUUCGCUACGUUUUGGAUGCACUUCGUAACCCAAUGGGAUCUAAGAUGUUUAAUUUUGGUGUGCAAGCCCUUCGACAAUUCCAGUCCCGUCUAAGUGAAUGGCCUCAAUAUUGUGCACACCUUCUUCAAAUACCUGACUUAGUACAAGCUCAUCCUGAUCUUGUUACUUUUAUUCAAGCUGCUAUGCACCAAAGUGGACAAAUCAAGCCUGGAGAGAAUCUUAUAGAGCCACGAGGUAACAGCUAUCAAGCUGCAAUUGUUUCUUUUACAAGCGUUCAUAUUCCCCCUGUCCCUGCCAAUAAUUACAGUGAACCCUCGAGUGCAAUUCAAGACAAAAUCCUUUUUAUCAUCAAUAAUGUAGCCCAAAACAACAUUGAAAGUAAGGUAACAGAUCUUCUUGAAGUCCUUACUCCCUCUGCUUAUAAAUGGUUUGGCAACUAUCUUGUUGUUAAACGUGUUUCGUCUGAACCCAACUAUCACGAGCUCUAUAUUUUGGUACUCGAUUCGGUUAAUUCCAAACUUUUGAAUGCACACGUUUUAAGUGAAACAUUUGCAAAUAUUUUAAUCUUGUUGAAUUCUGAAAAGACUGUAUCGAAUUCAUCAGAACGUACUCUAUUGAAAAACUUAGGAUCCUGGUUAGGUCGAAUGACUUUGGCCAAAGAUAAGCCUAUCCUUCACAAAUAUAUUGCUUUUAAAGAUUUAUUGCUGGAAGGUUAUGAUAGCCAACGUUUAAUUGUCGUAAUUCCUUUUGUUUGUAAAGUUCUUGAACAGUGUGCCAAUAGCAAAAUCUUCAAGCCUCCUAACCCAUGGACAAUGUCCAUUCUCAAAUUACUCGUUGAAUUAUAUGAUUGUGCUGACCUUAAGCUUAACUUGAAGUUUGAGAUUGAAGUGCUUUGCAAGAGUUUGUCAUUAGAGUUAAAGGCCAUACCACCUACUUCUGUUUUGAAGAAUAGACAACCUCAGGUAUAUGCACGAAAUUCGAUUACGGGAUCCAGUGCAGGUUACCCAGGUAGAGGAUCUGCUGGUGGUAACCCACUUUUGCAAAAUGCAGAUAUUGAGCCUGAUCAUAGUAUUUUGGCUGAGUCAAUGAUUCCUGUACCUAAUCUUGCUCCUUAUAUUGCCUUUAAUCCUCAAAUUGCCCUGUACACAACACAACCGGCUGCUAAACGUCUUGUUCUUCAGGCCUUUACUGAAUCUAUUCGUGAAAUUAUUGGUCCCGUUGUUGAACGUGCAGUUGCAAUUGCUGUUGUUUCAACACGUGAUUUGGUUGUCAAAGAUUUUGUAAUGGAAACAGAUGAGAAUAAAAUGCGCAAGGCAGCACACAUGAUGGCACAGAAUUUGGCAGCUAGUUUAGCUAUGGUAACAAGUAAAGAGCCUUUAAGGUUAAGUGUGGUAGCUAAUUUGAGAGCCAUAUUCUUGGCACAUGGGUUAAAUGAUACAAUGGCAGAGCAAGCAAUUAUUUUGACAGUAGCAGAUAAUUUGGAUUUGAUGUGCGCUGUAAUUGAGAAAGCAGCUAUGGAAAAGGCAACAUUAGAAAUUGAUGAUACGUUAUCAAAUGCAUUUAUGAGUCGGAAAAAACAUCGUGAACAGAGACCCACACAACCAUAUGUGGAUAUGGAGACUUAUCAGAUGUCCACUUAUAUGAAUACAUUACCGCCUGCACUACGUCCCAAGCCGACAGGAUUACAACCAGCACAAAUGAAUGUCUAUGAAGAUUUUAUGAGAAUUCCUCGUGUCGCACCUGCAUCAAACACAAAUGGAACUAUGAUGGAUCGUUCUGGACGUAUGGAUAUGAACAACUUCAAUUAUGCUAGUUAUGCAAAUAAUUCAUCUUUAGCAUCUAAUGCCGCAGCUGGAUUGGACAAUAACCUUGUAAUAGCUGGACAACAACCACAGCAACAAAUGCCUCAAGUUAGUGCUCAUAUGAUUUUGGAACGAUUUGCUCAGUACAUUACUGAACUUGAAAAACUUAUAAAUCAAACAAAUGUGAAUAGUAUCAACGCUUUGCCCCAACAUAGUGAUAUCCGCACCUUAAUUCGUCAAAUUCCUAUGUUAGCCCUCGCUAGUUUCGACAAAACAGAAGCUGCUCGUACUUUUGCUCAAAAGGUUGUUCAACUUCUCUACAAGAGUGAUAAACAAUUGACGAUUGAAGUCUAUGUCGUGCUGUUAGAACAUCUCUGUGAGGUCUCACCCAAUGUUGGCACAUUAGUCACCUCAUGGUUAACUCAUGCUGAUGAUGAACGCAAAUAUAAUGUACCAGUCACUGUAGCAUUAAUCAAAGCAGGUCUUAUCAAUUUACCUGAACAGGAUCAAGAGUUGGCCAUUUUAAUUGAGAGUGGACGUAAGAGUGCAAUUGAGUUCACAAUAAGAUUGAUCCGUGCUUGCUUAUUUGGUGAAUACCCUCUAGCAACACGCCACGAAUUUAUUGCUUCUCUUGAAGCUCUCAAUAACAUUCGAAAUCAUUCUGAGUCUGUCAUGUCUCUCAUGGAUGAUCUUAUGAAGACUCCUGAAGUCAAAGAACGAGGGCUUCGUGAACAGCUUCAAUUUUAUUUUGCAGAAUGGGUCCGAUUAUAUCAACAUCCUGCCUCAACAGAAAAGACUAUGUUGGCGUUCGCAACUCAGUUAUCGCAGCAAAACAUUUUUAAAAUGGAUGAUAUCUCUUCUCUCUUUUAUCGUGUCUGUAUUGAAGUUUCAGUAGAGCAUGCAAUUAAAUUUAAAAUGUUACCAGGACAAUCACCUAAUUUGGCAUACCAGCCUAUGGAUGCACUUUCCAAACUAAUUGUCUGUCUUAUUCAAGUAUCUCUGACUGAGGGACAGAUUGAUCCUAUGGCACAUUUCACAAGAGCACUCUCUGUAGCCGUUCUAAUCAUUUCCCAACAUCAUGAAAUGCGUGGUCAACAUUUCGACCAACGUCCUUUCCUUCGUUUCUUCACUAGUAUAUUAUCAAAUCUGCAUACCGUUGAACAAAGUAUUCAAUCUUUAUACCUGCCUCUUUUAAUAGCGUUUAGUAACACUCUUUAUACAUUACAACCUAAGCAUUACACAGGAUUUACUUUUGCCUGGCUCCAACUCAUUUCCCAUCGUUUUUUUAUGCCCCAAUUAUUGUUAUCUGAGAACCAAAAAGGUUGGCCUGCCUUCCAACGACUCCUUGUAUCCCUUUUUGAGUUCUUGGUGCCCUAUUUACACACAGUCGAACUUCAAAUGACAACUCGUAUGCUUUAUCGUGGAACACUCCGUGUCCUCCUUGUCUUAUUACAUGAUUUCCCUGAAUUCCUUUGUGAUUAUCAUUAUAGUUUCUGCGAUGUGAUUCCAGGAACUUGUAUCCAGAUGCGUAAUCUUAUCUUAAGUGCUUUUCCACGCAAUAUGCGAUUACCUGAUCCCUUUACACCUAACCUCAAAAUUGAUCUCUUACCCGAAAUUAAUCAAUCACCCCAUAUCCUUACUGAUUUUACAAGUAUUCUUGAAGAACAUGGAUUAAAGAAGGAAAUUGAUCAAUAUUUCGAAACAGGAAGACCAUCUACAAACCGAUUCCUUAAAGAUCUUCCUAGUCGUUUGUUGAUUGAUAAAAAUACAUAUUGUAUUCCUUUGGUGAACGCUCUCAUUUUCUAUGUAGGUACAAGAACAAUCGCUAAGGGUACUUCUGUACAUCAAGGGCCAGCUGCGGAAAUUUAUCAAUAUUUAUUAUCUGAAUUGGAUUCAGAAGGUCGAUACCUCAUGUUAAGUGCAAUUGCUAACCAAUUGCGUUAUCCUAACAGCCAUACACACUACUUCAGCUGUGUUCUAUUGUAUUUGUUUGUAGAGGGCAAGAAAGAGAUUGCUAAAGAACAAAUUACACGUGUCUUACUGGAACGUUUGAUUGUCAAUCGACCACACCCGUGGGGCCUCUUAAUUACCUUUAUUGAGUUAAUUAAAAACCCAAGAUACAGUUUUUGGUCACAUUCAUUUACUCGAUGCGCAACUGAUAUCGAACGACUAUUCGAAAGUGUAUCAAGGUAA